ACUUCUUAGAUUGUCACAGCCCCACCACAGGACUUCACCAGUUCUCCCUUUCCCCCGAUGCCCAAGAUCUUAUCCCUCGCCCCCCAUUCCGGUACCAAGCGACCUCCCUUUCUCUCUUCUCCCCGCUGCCCCUUCGCCCCAACAAAAGGGCAGAAGGCUGCGCUCUUAGAUAGACCUGGAUACUAUCUUUAUUACUCUUCCCAUCCGCAAUCCCUUCUCAAUCCCGCUCCCUCGGACGCCGUCUGGCGCCUUGUCUUGAGCUUCCUUCGGGCCAAAGACUCUUGAGCUUCCUCCCUUCUCUCUCUGAGCUCCCAAAGCCCCAAGGAUUUGUUGUUGUAUGGUUCUGGUUGUCGAGCCGGGAGAAGGGAACGAGAGGUCUCUAACCCGGGGAGCUGUUACAAAAGAGAUAACAAAAUAAAGCAACCAUGCAAAAGGAUAAUAGCUCCAAUGAAGCUCCAUCAAUUCACCUGGGUCGAGUUCGGCAUCGCAAACGCUCGAGUGAGGUUUCUCAAGAUGCAAAUAAAACCAAUGGGGCAAAUUUGCUUGUUAAUGACCGCAACAAAUACAAAUCAAUGCUUAUUCGCACGUAUUCAUCAUUGUGGAUGAUUGGGGGUUUCAUAUUUAUAAUCUACAUGGGCCAUCUAUAUAUUUGGGCCAUGAUUGUUGUCAUCCAAAUCUUUAUGGCAAGGGAGCUGUUUAAUCUACUUAGGAAAGCUAAUGAAGACAGACAGCUUCCAGGAUUCAGGCUUUUAAAUUGGCAUUUUUUCUUCACCGCAAUGUUGUUUACUUAUGGACGCUUUCUCAGCAGACAGCUUGUCAAUACUGUAACUUCAGAUAAAUUGCUAUAUCAGAUUGUGAGCUGGGUUAUCAAAUACCAGAUGGUUAUCUGUUAUUUCCUAUACAUCGCAGGUUUUGUCUGGUUUAUUCUUACACUAAAGAAGAAGAUGUACAAGUAUCAGUUUAGCCAGUAUGCAUGGACUCACAUGAUCCUUCUAAUAGUUUUUGUACAGUCCUCCUUCACUGUGGCAAAUAUAUUUGAAGGAAUAUUCUGGUUUCUUUUGCCAGCUUCACUUAUUGUCAUCAAUGAUAUUGCUGCAUAUUUUUUUGGUUUCUUUUUUGGGAGAACACCUUUGAUCAAACUGUCUCCAAAGAAAACUUGGGAAGGUUUUAUCGGGGCACUAGUUACAACUCUGUUCUCUGCUUUUGUGCUAGCGAAUCUAAUGGGCCGCUUCCAGUGGCUAACAUGCCCAAGAAAGGACUUGUCUACGGGAUGGCUUCACUGUGAUCCUGGUCCAAUGUUUAAACCAGAAUAUUAUCCUUUACCAGGAUGGGUGCCUCACUGGUUUCCGUGGAAAGAGGUGCCAAUUCUGCCUGUGCAGUGGCAUGCUCUCGCUCUUGGUCUAUUUGCAUCAAUAAUAGCACCAUUUGGAGGAUUUUUUGCGAGUGGUUUCAAAAGAGCGUUUAAGUUUAAGGACUUUGGUGAUAGCAUCCCUGGACAUGGUGGAAUUACUGAUAGAAUGGAUUGCCAAAUGGUUAUGGCAGUUUUUGCAUACAUAUACCAUCAAUCUUUUGUCAUGCCUCAGAGCUUUUCGGUUGAAAUGAUUCUAGACCAGAUACUGAGGAACCUUACCUUUGAGGAGCAGCAAAUUCUGUACGAGCAACUGGGGAAGAUCUUUCAAGACAGACAAUCUAUGCUCGCCUAAAACCAUCGGAUGCAAUUCAUUACUUGCAGCGCUUGUAAUUCGAUAUGCUUUAGAUAUUUUAUCCAUCAUAUGGUCUUAAAUGCUUUGUAUAGCCCCGUAAACCAUGUCAAUAUGUUUUUUUUUUUCAUUUCAGAAGUCUUGUAUAGUCUUGGAAUUAUCCUGUGCUUCGCAUGCUAUUCACAUUACUCUUUGGUAUCGCAUCCAGUGUGCUUAUCAGGAGAAAAAGAACAUACAUUUGAAACAUUUGCAUGAGAAUCACUAAUUGGAAGAGGCUAUGUUACUU